GUAGCCGCCUCUCACGCCCCUCAGAGGUUCUUUACAAGUCCUCGUUGCUUCUUAAGUCGCUGCUACCUGUAUUUGCCCUAGUGCUAAGCAAUUGUACUCGUGUUUCGCCCUUGCGUGGUGUUCUGUUCAGCGCUGAUUCUGCUGUGGUUUUUAGUGCGUUUGUGUUCACAGCGAUGGUUUUUAGCAUUGCUGGAGGUGAUCACGUGGGUCGUGCCUUGUGUCCAGCAUCGUGAGUUUAGGAAUUUGUGUGUUUUGUGAUGGUUUUCUCUAACUAAUUAUCCUUUUGUUAAUAAAUUUAAGGUUGUGUAGGGUUUGUUUGUUUAUUUUUUUGACUGACUUCUUAAGUAUCCAGUGUUCCUAAUUAUUUAUUUUUUUCGUAAAUUAUUGCUUGUGACAGACUUUUCUUGUUUUGUUUGUUACGCUGUGCUGUGGAUGUCGCUUUGAGGUUGUCACCGGAAAAUAGCAACUUUUGUUGCUCUUGUUUGCAUUUCCCACAUUGCUGCAUCAAGAUUAGAUUUUAUCCCCGGGGUCACUAAUUCAUAUCCAAAUACAGGUGGAGAUCACAGGGAGGGUGGAGUGUUUGUCCUGAUUCAAUCCACACACGUAAGUUUUGUGAUGGGCGCGUGACGUCACUCCAACCGCUGCUCUCGGCCCGCCACGCAUCUGUUGUAAAAAAGAAACCAUUACUUUCCCUGUCGCAUUUUCCUCUCUCUUCGUCUUUUUACCACGGCAUUCUCAUUAUUCUUUGCCAUUACUAGUCAUAGGUACUCGUCCGUUUUCUUUCUUACACUAAUCUUUUUUUUAUAUUUUUUCACUACGCUUAGUGUUUCUGAAGUCUUAUAGAACGCAGUUGCUGUGUUCCCUUCUAGUCAUCGUUGCUAUUGUUAUCAUUGUUGUUGUUACUGUUGUGGUUUUCUUUCGUUGUUAUUGGUGUGUGGGUUACUUCAGCCACCUCCUAGAGCCACGCAGAACUACCAUGCCUGCUGCGACGUCCUCGCGGCGCCUGCUGCUGCCACUGUUCUUGCUUGUGGUGGCAGCGGCUUCCUGCUCCGCUUCAGCUGUGUCCGGCAUUCAGAUCUCCCCGCGCCCAGUACCUAAAAUCGAAGGGACCAACAAGACCGGAGCCAAGAAGCGGGAGGCGGCGGGAGGUCUGCCCAGCCCCGUGAACCAGUACCUUCAGUUCGGAGAGGUGUUUGAUCAGAACAUAGGGGACGACUUCGGGGUGCGGCAUGGAGGUCUGGGUUUCAGGGCACAGAACACCAUCACUCGACUCAGCACCAUCACGCUCACCCACACCAGCUAUGACCAGAUCGCGGUGACCCAGACCGUGACGGACACCUCGGUGAGCUACGUGACGCACUUCAGCACCCAGUACAUCACCUACACCACGCCGCUGGCUGUCUACAACACCGAGUACGAAACUGAAUACCGAACCGAGUACCUCACCGAGACCGAGUUCCAGGACGUGCCCGUGUACACCACCGUCACCGACACCCGCUACGAGACCGAGUACCAGACCGACACGUCCCUAGUGGAGGUGCCAGUGUACAGCACCAUCGUCACCACCGUCUACCACACCCGCUACCGAACCGAGUACUUCACUGACACCGAGACCCAGCAGGUGCCCGUCUACACCACCUUCUACACCACCUUUACCGAGACCUCCCACCUCCCUACCUACCUGACGGAGACGCACUUCGACACGGCAUAUGUCACAUCGACUACCUUCGUCACCACUACCGCUGUUGACUUCACCACCGUCACCACUCACCUAAUCACCACCGCCUUUGAGGAUGUGUUCGUGACCAAGACGCACGAGGUUCCUCACUACAUCACCAACACGGAGUACAACCAGGUCAUCAUUACGCAGACGGAGACGCGGCCAGAGUACAUCACCACCACGAGUCUGAGAGAGGUGGUGGUGACGCAGACGACCACGGUGCCUCUUUACCUCACCACGACCGUCGUCUCUGAAAUUCACCUCACCAGCACUCACCCGAUUAACAACUACAUCACCACUACUAUCCCGGCGUAUGUGGUGAGCACCGUGGACCGCUACAUCACCACUACCGUGCCUUACUACGUCACCAGGACCACUACAGCCCAGCAACCGCAACCACCGCUGUACCAACCUCAGCGACUGCACCAACCGCAACAACCUCUCUACCCACGAGUACCAUCUCCGCUCUACAGACACGAGCGACUACGAAGGCCGCGCCAGACAGCCCAUGAGACAGAAGAGCGCUGGCUGUGUAUGAAGCCACCACACCACUCAUGCCUCACGCCGCGCCUGAAGACAAGGGAAAACACCACGAAACUCAAGCCAAGAUAAGGAGCAGCGUCCCCCCCCCCCUUCCACACGCCUCACCUGGACUGUCCUGGAGGAGGCGCUAACGAAGGUGACGGUGCGCCUCAGGAGAAGAUCGGCGCGGGCAUCAUAUUCCUCCCGCCACUCCCCGCUGCGCACCUCUCGUCUCCUGAAGCGAUAAUAUAAUGAUGCUCUGUCGAUGU